AUGUCACGAUCCCUGAUUCCCGUUUCCUUCAUGGCCGCUGUAUUGGCGACCUUGAUUGUAUUCAUCAUGUAUGCCGUUCUUGCCCAGGCCCUCCGAUCUUCGGUAACGCAAGUAGGCGUCGCUGCUGCCAUCGCCGCAGUAUGCGAGUCGCUGGUUCUCGCCCUCUUCUCCGCACUAUUCGCAUGCCAAUAUCGAGGCAUUUGCCGCCAGGCGGUCGCCUCGCACAAGUACAAAUGCUGUGUGGCUGCAGUGGGCGCAGUGCUGCUGGCAGCAAUAGCAUCGGGCGCUGCCUUGGUCUGUCUGAGCGAGGUCGGUGGUGCCGAGCAGGAAAGCUCGCCAUUGAGCACCAGAAGCUAUCUGAUCGCCCUCGCCUGUCUCUUAUGUUUCACUUUGAUCUUGCAGCUCAGUGCCCUUGGGCUUUUCUUCGUGGGACACUCUGCCAGCCUUGCCGACGCUUCUGGCUCUGUCCACUCUGCUGAGGAUGGCUUUCGAUCUCCCGAAAUGCUCAUGCGGGUAAAGGCUGUGCCCUAUUCGAAGACGGUCGCAGCACGCUCCAACCUCUGGGCACAGCCUGCGGAUAGCCGCCCGUGCUCCAGCAGCGGCACCAUCAGCUCUAUCCGGACCUCCAUCUCCCACGCUGUGCGACCUAUUUCGUCUCGGACACGGCUUCUGUCAGUGAGGAGCUCGAGAUCCUUCAAAUCUGUGCACAGCGCAGCCAAUCCGGACCUGGAAAGCGCCUCCGGCCAGCCCGGACCAAACAGCUUCGAUUCGUGGGACACUUCGUCAAUCGAGGCGCCUCCGGCCCUACUGACUGUCGACACGUCUCUUGUGCCAUCUCCAAGAUUUCUUGAGACGAUCCCAGCCAGCCCAAUGACCAGCAGGGCGUCCAGCCCGCGCACCAUCCUUGAUAGCGAGCCGAGUCGAUCGUCAAUGCCGCGCAGAAGUAGGAGCUACAGCCCAAACGCACGGACCCAGUCAUCUCCGGCCGCGACGCAGCCCGAUGAAGCACACAUCCACCCGCUCUUCCGAAGCGACUCGCCGUCCCCACCGAUGGCGACCCCCGGCACCAUGGUCGUGGCGGCGCCGAAUGCGGGCCAGAUCAUUACCGAGAAGUCAUUGUCGCGGAUGCGGAGCAGCAGUCUGAAUGGCACCCAUCGCAACCUCAGCCGCCAAGGGAGCUUUGAGAGCUUCACACGGAAGACGAUCAGUGGCGACGAGUCUACCCUGAUUGAGUCACUAGGCGAGGUCGACAUGGUGCCUCCGAUCCCUGCCUGGGUGCUCAGCGCGGGCAGCAGGACGAGUCUGCACGAGUACCAGAACCGGCGGCUGAAAGAGGAGAUUGCCAAGGACGAGAGCAGCCGCCAAUGA